UGAAUUGUCAGGCUGUGUGUUAAAGAAUAUUCUGAAUGAUCGCGUUUAAAUCUAUGUAAUAUUUCAAAUGUCGAAUAUAUCACCUACCCCGGUGACAUACGAGGGAGAAAAAGACCUGACUGAUGAACAAGAUGAUGGAUCAGAUGAAGUAACGGCGCUUGAUGACGACGAAUGCCUUAGUGGGCAACAAGAAGGAGCAGGCAUGUUAGAUGCGGCGGCCAGUAUACGCACCGGGGACGAUAUUCCUGAAGAUGGUAUACAACAAAGUGAAGUGCUUGACAAAUCUGAUGAAGAUGAUGCUGAUGGGAAUACAGACAGCGAUCCUGAAUCUCUGUUGCCAGUCCUACCUAAAGUUAACUGCCCAGAAAAGAUUGUAAUUUGUUUGGAUCUUUCUUCUGAGAUGAAUACUAUUCCAUUCAUGUCUAAAGAUGGAACCAAAUAUCCACCAUUGCAGAUGGUCAAGAGAGCUAUUAAUAUAUUCGUACACACCAAAACUGCUAUAAAUAGGCAGCAUGAAUUUGCAUUAGUGGUUCUUCAAGAUAAUGCAUUAUGGAUGCAUAAUUUUACCAGUAACACUGAGGAGUUCUGUUAUGUGUUAGCAGAUCUGAACAACGAUAGUGAUAUUGACACCUUUGAUAUGUCUUCAUUGUUUGAUUUAAUUUAUGAAAAAGUUGAUCUUCCCCCUAUUAAGGGAAAUAUUGAGAUAAUACCACCACCGUAUAUUGUGCGUACUAUUAUGAUAUAUGGCCGAUCGAACUGUGUGCCUGAAUUCCAUAGCGGUCAAGAGACACAAAAGAUUUUGAUGCAAUCCCCAUACUUCUUCAUGGAUAUAUUUUACAUUCAUGAAGCACCGGCGGAAAGCAAUUAUUGUGAGGAGAUAUUUGAUAGUUUGUGUGAACUGGAUGAAGGAGGAAAAUCAUUUGUGUUUGAAGUUGGCAGAAAUCCAACCUAUCUCCAUGACAACAUGGCAAAACUUGUAGCUCAUCCAUUACAGCGACCGUUACAGAGAAACAUCAACUACAAAUUAAAUCAUGAGAUUAGCUGAUUGAUGAAUUGUUUUUCAAAUGUAACCUUUUUAUUCUUGAAAACAUUCUAUGAAUUAUUUAUAAAUUCCAUACAUUGUUGAUGGAAUAGCAGGAAUUGUGCUUUCAUGUAUACUCCAUCAAUGAGUUACUAAGUUACUAAGUUUGAGAAAAUGUUGUCUCAGCCAAUUACUAUUUCACUGUAAGUAGUCCAGAGAAAUUGAUCAACCUCUUGUAAUUAACAUAACUAACACAUUUUACUUCAAUAUAAAUAUUUCAAAGCUGUACAAAACGAAUGUCUUUGUCAGCAAUUUUGUCAAAGGAAAUAAAAUUUGUUGAAAAAUUAAAUUUAGUCGGAAUUUAGCUGGAAAACACUACAUCUGAAUUCAUCAAAAACCAUCACAUUUGCAAAUGAUUAUCGGAGACUAAACUUAUGAAUAUAUUGACAGUUGUCGAAUCCUAUGGAAAUAUGUUCAAGUUGAUCAAUAAGUUAUGAAGAGUGAAUCUGAGAAAAAAAAGGCUAAUAUAAGCAUACAUGGAUUAGAGAAAGACUAGGUGCUGUCAUUGAAUCGAAUUGAAGAGUUGAAGUGGGGGUCAUUACAGUGAAAUCACAGGCUCAAUGACAAUUACAAUUUUGAAACAGUGACUCGCGUAAUUUUGUUUACUCAUUUGAACACUCAAGUAAAUUGAAUUGAAUGGGCAAUGUGGAAAACUUAAACAAAAGUAUUUCUCAGGCAUAUUUGUUGGAAAUUUCAUCUUGCUAAAAAUAGUUAAGACUGAUUUAUUAUGAAAUAAAAAUGAAUCAAUAAUAAAA